AUGAUGCGUAAAAAUAAAUAUACUGGUCCUUGUGCAGUUGAAAAUUGUAAAGAAAAUGAAAAAAGUCCCGAGUAUGUUACUUUUAGAAGUAUAACUGAUAAAGCAUUCGAUAAGUUAAUGAAGCAUCCAGAUUAUUUAAAACAUAAAUAUAAAGAAGUGAAUAAAAAUGAAUUAUCUGGUGAAUAUUCUUUGGAUGACAUUAAAAAUUAA